AAUCACACGGUAGUACUACUAGUACUUGUACUUCUCGUAGGAGCAAAUAGUUUAAAAGUACUCAUUUAAAGUGUUUGGUAGUAGGUAUAUUUUUUUCUAAAAUAUUAUAUUAGUAAGUUUUUUAAAAUAUUAUUAUGGUGUACUCGUGUAGUGUACAUUUGUGCACAAACCGUUCGAAACCCGGAGGUCGAAAAAUCCACUUUUUCCAAUAUUAAGAGGAGCGAUGAAUUUGCCUACCUAUUAAUCUUACAAGUACCUAAAAAAUGUAUGUACUGUAAAAAAUCAAACAUCUUCAAGGCAGUAUACAAAUGUAAGGACUGUCGAAAAGUAUGCCAUCGCAAUUGUUAUAAGGCAUUUCUAGAAAUGAAGUUAAAACGUGAAGAAGAAUUAGAACUCGUGAAAUCAACUAUCGAAAUAAUUAGCAAUAAUGAAAUCGUUAAGAAGACGACGCACCAAUGUGACAUAGAAUCGAACAUUACUAACCAUGGUUUAACUAAUGAACUACCUAGUACAACAUCUCUCAAAUGCACUGACAUUAAAUCCAACAUUAAUGAUCAUCGUUCAACUGUAUUAAAUGAACUGUCCAGUACAACAUCUUUGAACGUGAAUAUUUUGAAUGGUCGUAGAAUAGUUGAUAUAGGUCAUAUUUUCAACGAAAUUCAAAAUAUUCGUCAUAGUGGUGGACUUGGAUGUUCAUUUUCAGAUAUGAUUUUUAAAAGAGAAGAAAUAAAUGGAUACUUCUCAAUAUUCUAUUUUCAUUGUAAAAUGUGCGGUAUCGAAAAACAAAUAUCUUCUGAAAAUACUAAGAACAUUGAAUGCAUUCCAAUAAAUAAAGCAGUAGUAAAUUCAACAAUAGCUAUAGGUAUUGGAUAUGCACAACUGUCUGAACUUUCGACUUGUAUCGAUAUACCUUCAAUGUCAUACAAUACAUAUCAGUCAUUAUUAUCACCUGUCGGCGAAGUAGUGCAUGAUUUAGCGAAGGAUGAAAUAAAAGAGGUGGAAGAUAUAUUGCCUGUCGGCGAAGUAGUGCAUGAUUUAGCGAAGGAUGAAAUAAAAGAGCUGGUGGAAGGUAUAUUGAGUGAAAUAAUUGCACCAAAAAGCGUGCAUGAAAUAGAAGAAAUUAAAGGAGAUGAAUUGCAAAAUUCAGAAAAACAACAUAAGUCAUUUCUGCAGACGUACCAAGAUCCAAGUACCAGCUUAGGUGUUAACAUAUUGCAGGAUGUACAACAAAUCAAAUCAAAUAGAGUAGCUCUGGGUGAAGAAAAUUUCACCUUAGAAGAAAACAAAGAUAUUUUGGCAGUAAACGAGGAUACUAAACACGAAACAGGACUCGAUGUACAACAAAUUGAAUCAAAUGAAGUAGCUCUGGGUGAAGAAAAUUCCGCCUUAGAAGAAAACAAAGAUAUUUCGGCAGUAAACGAGGAUAUUAAACACGAAACAGUCAUCGAUAUUGAUGCGAAUGAACUGGAAAAUGUUUUGGACGAACGGAGUCAAAAAAAGAGUUUCUGGAGAUGGAUAAUUCCAUUCUGGGGAAAAAAUCAAGUCAAAACAAAAUCAAGUACAAUCAAAAGCAACGAUAUUUAAUGCUCAAUUUUUAAAUAUUUAAUGCUCAAUUUUUAAAUAUUUAAUGCAUAACCUCCAAAGGUAUAUUAUAUAUUAAAAAAACAUAGUUAAAUAUUAAGUAACCAUAGGAAGUGUCAUCACUGGAUGGCUCCUUCCAUUACAACAAUAUUACUUCCAAUUGUACUUUUAUCCUAUACUCUUAUUGUAUUAAUGAUACAGAUAGUAUAUUACUAGUAAAAAUAAAAAUAAAAGAUUCUUAAGUUUUAAGGUAAUAUUAAAAAACAACCUAACUUAUAGAAAUGAGGUUUAUUUUAUUUUAUUCAAUACAUAAUGUCGUUUUAUACAUAAAGUUCAGUUUUGAAAAUACAUCAGAAAAAUGAUAACCUCCAAAAGUAAUGACAGUCAGUCAUGUUGGGCUAGAUACGUUUUUUUUGUCCAAAAUUAAACACGACCUAAUGAAUUAAGCAGUUAUAUAAAGACCAAGAAAAUUUCACUCCGGAAGUAUAUAAAAAAAUUCCGAUAGCAACUAUUUAGCUUUUAAGCAAAAUCCAUUUUAUAUUAUUAUAGCUUUAGUGUUAUAGUGAAUUUAUCCAUUAUUAAACUGAAAGGUUAGAAUAUUAUCUAUGACAUCUCAUAAUAUUUUAGUAAUAUUAUAUAAUUUCAAAGUUAGUUAUGUUCAUUUAAAUACGGUGAUAGUUUAGCCGCUAUAAAUGCAACAACCGAGGAAGCGUGUUUGCAGGAAGAACUGGAAGUUGAAAGUGAUCGUUUAGCCGUCGGAAAGGCAAAACCGAAAUGCCGAUCACUAUGUAAGAGCAAAAAAGUUUUUUUAGGUGCAUGUUUUGUUGUGGAGCAUAGUUUAAGCUUUUCGCGUUGUUAAAUAUUUAAUUUAAUUUUUUUAAUGAACGAACCAAUGAAAUACUUUGCCGACCAUGUGCAUAGAAUACAUUAUUUUAACAGUAAUCAGCUUAUAUAAUUAGUAUAUUUUUGUUUUGUGAAUCAGAGGUGUAAAGUUUAUUAUAAUAUAACAAGCAAACCAUGAAAAAAAAAAAUUGCCUAUUAUAUUAUAAUAAACUUUAUGCCUUUGAUUCACAAAACAAAAAUUUACCAAUUAUAUAAGCUGAUUACUAUUAAAAUAAUGCAUUCUAUGCACAUGGUCGCCAAAGUAUUUCAUUAGUUAGUUCAUUAAAAAAACUAAAUUAAAUAUUUAUAUUCUAAAAAAUCUUUUUAUGCGCUUAACAUAGUGAUCGACGUUUCGGUUUUCCUCUCUAACGGCUAAACGAUCACUUUAAACUUCCAGUUCUUCCUGCACACACGCUUCUUCGGUUAUUGUCUACAGCGACUAAACUAUCACCUUAUUUAAACGAACCUAACUCACUUUGAAAUUAUAUAAUAUUACUAAAAUAUUAUGAGAUGUCAUAGAUAAUAUUCUUACCUUUCAGUUUAAUAAUGGAUAAAUUCACUAUAACACUAAAGCUAUAAUAAUAUAAAAUGGAUUUUGCUUAAAAGCUAAAUAGUUAGAUAGUUCAGAUAGUUGCUAUCUAAGUAUUUUUAUUCUGUUCUAGGAAAAAGCUCCAUUUUAUACCUUUUCAAGUACACAUUGGGAUUGAGUUUUGUUACGCAUUGAAUAUUUGCAAUUGAUAUCGAAAUUUUUUUAUAUACUUCCGGAGUGAAAUUUUCUUGGUCUUUAUAUAGCUGCUUAAUUCAUUAAGUCGUGUUUAAUUUUGGACAAAAAAAACGUAUCUAGCCCAACAUGACUGACUGUUUUAAUAUAUAAUAUACCUUUGGAGGUUAUGCAUUAAAUAUUUAAAAAUUGAGCAUUAAAUACUCGUUGCUUUUGAUUGAGCUUGAUUUUGUUUUGACGAUUUCCUCAGUCACUACAUCUUUUUGAGCUUCUUUACAAUGUAUUUUAAUUUAAAAUAUUAAAAAAUAUGUUCCUAAU